AAACAAAAGAUAUUAAAAAAAUUUUUUUAAAAAAAAAUGGUUUCACUGCGCUUCCCGUUCUUGUUUUCUCAGCCCAAGAAACACCCCAACGGCAUUUCCCGUACCAUCACUUCCCGCUCCUUCUCCGCCACCACAACCACCGUGGCAUGUGCCCUGGCCGCCGGAGCUGCUGCAUUUGCAGGCAUAGCAGCCACCCGCAACUCCAAAAAUCCAAAACAAGAUAACCCAUUCAUCCAAAACGCCCUGAAUCUUCUCUUCUCCAAUCACUUGCUAGCACCGUGGGCUUCACUCUCUCUAGCAGACCCUUCACCUUCAGUUGUGGAAACGAAGACCGGAGCAGCGUUUCCUUCGGUUAUUUUCGAGUCUCGGAGACUUUUGGGAAUUGGGCUGCGUAAAAAGAUUAUCUUGGGAUUGAAGCACAUUGAUGUCUACGCCUUCGGUGUUUAUGCGGAUGUUGAUGAAGUGAGGAAAGUUCUGAGUGAAAAUUAUGGAAAACUCUCUGUUUCAGAACUUUUACACCCAACUAACACCGGACCACCACAGCCAAACAACCAAGACUAAAGAAAAUAUCCUCCACUGGGAGUCUCCUCUGCUUGCACUCUUCAGCAGGCAUGUCUUCUAUAGACUCUUACAUCAGGGUGAAUAAUACCUGUAACCUUAAGGAAUCUGCGGUGGAGUUGUGAGACAGUGAAGUCAACAAAAUGAUCCAUCUGGGAGAAGCUCUGGGUCUUGGUAAUUCAGCUCUCUUGGAAAAAAUUCUCGGGCUUAUCAUAAGGCAGUUAGAAAAGGAGAGGGGAGACUGGCAGAAACAACAAUGAAUAGUGAUUGGGUGAAGACUGAUUCCCGUAGCAGCCUCGCACACGUUUGUGAAUGUCUGGUGAAGACUGAUUCGCGUAGCAGGCUCGUUUUCUAGUGACAACCAAAGCCAUGGCGCAGAAAGCCUGAAUGGGCUUGCGAUUAUUGCACAUAGGAUUUCGAGGACGAUGCAGCAAAACAGUGGGGAGGGCCACGUAUUCGAUCAUACUCUAGAGUACUUCAGUCCAUUACAUCCUUAAUCAACUGAUAGUAGGGUACCUUAUCAAUCUCAGCAAGCCAAACUAUUUUGUGACGUUUAAGGCUAUGCUUGGCAAUGGGCUGCUUUUGAAGUCCUAAGAACUCCACACAGAGGCCCCUCUCACCUGAAUCCGAGAGUGGAACCUGUAGAUAUCAAAUCACACCUUAAAGUUCAAAUUCCAUUGCGUAUGCACUGAUGGGACCUCUGUCCCUUGCAUGUUCCCGGCUUGCACGACAAAGAAACAGGCAUGAAGAGAAGCUUCACGUGCCAUUGU